UCCCUGCCAAGUCCCAUUUUUUUUCUCUCUCCAUCCUUAUUAUUUAUAUAACCCAACCCCCACUUUCUCCCUUUCCCUCAUUCAUCAUUUCAUCAUUUCAUCAACCCAUCUCCUCUCUCUCUACACUUUCUCUCUCCAAGCCAUUUUCUCUCCCUCUCUCUCUAGAACCAGAGCAGAGCAGAGCAGAGCCUUAUCAACAACAGCAUCCAACAGCCGUCCGGUUGAUCCUUCAAACGUAAUACUUUCCUCCUCAGACUAACGAUGGUAGACAAGGAUGACUUGGGGCUGUCUCUGAGCCUGAGCUUCCACCAGAGCAGCUGCUGCAGCCACCAGCAGCAGCAGCAGCAGCAGCAGCCUCCACCUCUGCAGCUCAAUCUCAUGCCCUCCCUGGUCCUUUCCUCCACUCCUUCUCCUUCGGGCUUCGCCUCCUUAGCAGAUCGGAGCUCCGGCGAGGCCAGGUCGUUCCUCCGGGGGAUCGACGUGAACAGGCUGCCUUCGACAGAGGACUGCGAGGAGGAAGCAGGGGUGUCCUCUCCCAACAGCACCAUCUCGACGGUCUCCGGUAAAAGGAGCGAGAGGGAGACCAACGCCGAGGAUCUGAUCGCGGAGAAUGAGAGGGCCUCCUCGCGGGGCAUCAGCGACGAGGAGGACGGCGACACCUCAAGGAAGAAGCUGAGGCUGUCCAAGGACCAGUCGGCUAUCCUCGAGGAGAGCUUCAAAGAGCACAACACUCUCAACCCGAAGCAGAAGCUCGCGUUGGCCAAGCAGCUCGGGCUGCGGCCCAGGCAGGUGGAGGUCUGGUUCCAGAACAGACGGGCAAGGACCAAGUUGAAGCAGACCGAGGUCGACUGCGAGUUCCUCAAGAGGUGCUGCGAGAACCUAACCGAGGAGAACCGGCGGCUGCAGAAGGAAGUGCAGGAGCUGAGGGCGCUGAAGCUCUCCCCUCAGUUCUACAUGCACAUGACCCCGCCAACCACCCUCACCAUGUGCCCCUCGUGCGAGCGGGUUGCAGUCCCCCCCGGAGCGUCCGACCCGAGGUCGAUUUCCGUCGUCCCAGCGCAUCCAAGGCCCGUUCCAGUCAACCCUUGGGCCGUCCCAGCUGCACCCCAUGCUCCAUUCAAUGUCCUCCGCCCCAGGUCGUGAUAAGCCGAUCCCGGGAGGGCGAGUUGGUCCUUGCACUGUCAUUCAUCCUCAUCUUAGGGAAGACUAUGUAUGGAAAACGAAUGUGUACUUUACAAGGAUAAGGGUCGAAGACAAUGGUUGUUAGGGAGAAACAUGAUUUUGGUGGGUCUUUUAAUUUCUUAAUCAAUAUAUAGGAGGACCUUAUAGUUAGAGUUAGGGGCAAAUUAUUGCUAUUAAUUGCUCUCGAUGCAAAAUCUUAGGCCUUAUUAAUCCAUCCAUUGACUAAUCUUUCUAUGCUCUUUGUUCGUGUAAUUGAACCCUGAAUCACAAUAUGAUCGACUCAUCAUACGGUUAUUUUGAAA